AUGACCUCAACUCAGUACAAGGCUGAUUGUCAACGGGCCAUCGAAGAAAGUCAACUGUAUUUGAGUAGCUGCUGCAGGUUGAAAGGAGAUGGAAAAGAUGCAUGGAUCUUUGAUGUUGAUGACACUCUAAUUUCCACCGUGCCGUACUUCAAGAAACACGGGUUCGGGGGAAAUAAGCUCAAUCUUACAUCUAUAGAAGGAUGGAUGAAAAGUAGCAAAGCACCAGCACUCGACCAUACACUACGCCAUUUCCACGAAAUAAAAGAAAAGGGGUUUAAGAUCUUUUUGAUCUCGACUCGAAGGGAGUCUUUGCGAGAUGCCACUGUCGAUAACCUUAUCAAGGAGGGGUAUCAUGGAUGGUCCGGUCUUGUACUUAGGGGUCUUGAGGAUGAAAUCAAACAAGUACAGAACUACAAAGCUGAAGCAAGAAAGAGAUUGGUUAAGGAAGGGUAUCGUAUUUGGGGCAUCAUCGGUGAUCAAUGGAGCAGUUUUGACGGGUCCCCGAGUGCUAAAAGAACAUUCAAGCUCCCAAAUUCCUUGUACUACGUAUCGUGA